AUGUCUAAAUUACACCUACUUGAAUAUAGCAAAAGCAGCCGCGCCACCUGCAAUGGCUCACCACCUUGCAAAGGUUCCCCAAUAGAGCUGGGCUCUUUGAGGUACGGGGAGAUCCACGCGGGGAAGUACGGAGAAACGGUCGAGUGGCGGCACUGGGGAUGUGUGACGCCUGACAUUCUCGCGAGACUGGCGAUGGUGAAAGUAGACACCGUUCCUGGGUUCCGCGAUCUCCAGGCUCAAGAUCAGAGCAAGGUCCGCCUCGCCGUGGGACUCCGACGCGUUGCUCUCGAGGACGUCCCACCGUCUGCCAAGGGCGCCGAAGCCGUGCUCUCCACCCCUGGUCCUAGCCAGAAGAAACGCAAGCUGCAGUAUGAAGCUUCUUUCGGGUCUUCUCAAGCUCCACCGCCCGGUUCUUCCCAGCCAAGCCUGUCUCAGCCAAGCUCUUCCCAACCACCCGCAUCGCAACCCCUCCGCCGGAUUUCGGGUCCCCCUGUGCCGCAACGUGAGGCAGCGGAUGAGUUGUAUGUGAUGACGAAGACCGGUAUUGUCGGUGUACAGUACUACAAAGCACUGACACCAAAGCCGUGCCAUCACUUCUCUAGUAAUGCUAUCCAGGUCAAGAAUAUCGGGGGAGUACAGGUGGGACACGUCCCUCGGAACGUUGCCUCGAAGCUCGCGCCGUUAAUGGACAGCGGUCUUGUCACCGUCGAAGGUGUCAUGCGCCAAGGGAAUUUGACAAGCUUUUGUUAUUCCCUUGAAAUGAUGUUGAAAAUCUACGGACCGUCAGACAAGAGGCACAUCUUGGAGGCGAAGCUUCUCUGGGCUACCCCCAGCCAGCGUGGUUUCCCUAAAGUCCCUCCCGGUGGCGUCCGCACCGUCCCGGGUGCCCCUGCACCGCGCUCUGCUCCGGUGUCUGCUCCUAUUCCUGCCCCUGCCUCUUCGUCCUCCCAACGCGCGGCUCCAAUGGCCGAGGGAGCGGUCAAGCAGCAUCAGCAGCAGCUCAGCAAGCGGCUUUACGGAAGCAGCAAGAAGCCCAUGAGAAAGCAACAAGAAGCAUUCCAGAAGGCGGAAGACCUUAGGAAAAUGCUCGAUGGCCUUGGGAAAAUCGAUGACGAGGGCCGUCGUGCAUCACUCUUGGACACUUUAUGCUCAGUUGAUGACGUGCUAGCUCUACCUGUACAUCCGAACCCCCCAGGAAUCGCGAGCGGACAUCUCAAGGUCAACUUGUUGAAACAUCAGAGUCAAGCUCUUCAAUGGUGUGUCGAACACGAAUACCCCGUCCUUCCGAAGUCCGACUCGGACCCACCGGUUCAAUUCUGGCAAUUCAGGAAUGGUCCAAAGCCCUACUACUACAACAUCGCGACCAAGACUCCGCAGCAGACUGCCCCCGAGCUCGGACGAGGAGCGUUGUGCGCCGACAGCAUGGGUCUGGGUAAGACUCUCACAAUGCUCGCGCUCAUACUCGCAACGAAGCAAGAUGUUCCGAGCGACCACUCCAACGCGACACUUAUCGUUGUCCCGCUCUCUGUGAUGUCCAAUUGGGAGAAGCAGAUCGAGGAUCAUUGUCAACCAGGCGUCCUCACAUCCUGCGUGUAUUAUGGCAAGACGCGCGACAUGGCUCCCGAAGAGCUGAACAGGUAUGAGGUGGUCAUCACCACGUAUCAGACGGUGGUACAAGACCAUGAAAUGGCGCUUGCAAGUGCGACGUCGCAUGCAAAGAAGAAGAUGAAGGCUAACAAGGGGUUGUUCGACCUUGCCUGGAAGAGAAUCAUCUUGGAUGAAGGUCACAACAUUCGCAAUCCGAAGACGAAGAUGGCGAAGGCGGUGUGCGCUCUUACGGCUCAACGUCGCUGGAUCCUCACUGGAACUCCCAUCAUCAAUGCUCCGAAGGACUUGGGCUCUAUCAUCACUUUCCUGAGAAUCUGUAAGCCACUUGACAACGAAGAUUUUUACAAGCGGAUGGUUCUUCGUCCACUGAAGAACGCCGACCCAGCGGGUGCCGAGUUGUUGAGGGCACUUAUGAGCCACGCUUGCAUACGACGGACGAAAGAAAUGCAAGACAAGAAUGGGAACCCUCUUGUACCCCUUCCACCCGUGGACGUCGUCGUCAUCCCUGUCACUUUGCACCCCAAGGCCCGAGAACUCUACGACACUGUGGAAUUGUUGACCAAAGAGCGGGUUGGAAACCUCUUGAACGCCCACGGUUCGAUGCAAGCGACUGCUGUCCAAUCCAACGUGUUGAGUCUACUCACUCGGAUGCGCCAGCUGGCGUUGCAUCCUGGGCUGCUUCCUCCCAACUACCUCGAACAAUUGAGCGCGAGCCCUCAAGACCAUGAUGAGAAUAAGCCUGCACCGACUCUAGUCACUCCUCAAGAGAAACUGCGCUUGCAAGCUCUCCUUGCUCAAGCGAUCGAGGAUUGCGAAGAAUGUCCAAUUUGUUUCGGGUCCCUCACCGAACCUCGCAUCACCUACUGCGGGCAUCGCUUCUGUUUCGCAUGCAUUACGGAGGUUGUCACACGUGACCCCAAAUGUCCGAUGGACCGUCGUCCCCUUGAAACCAUGCAGCUCAUAGAACCUCCGGAGCCAACCGAUAUGACACAAGCUCCCGUAGGAUUCGACGAUGACGAUGACGAUGACGAUGACCUCAGGACCGGCUCUUCUGCAAAGAUCGACCAGCUCGUUACUCUCCUGCGCCUUACCCCAGACACGGACAAGUCCCUCGUGUUUUCUCAGUUCACGUCUUUCCUGGACAAGUUAUUCGUCAGCCUUGCGGCUACGAGUACUGAUGAUUCUUUUAGUAUCCCCUACGUGCGUUUCGACGGUCAGAUGUCCGCCCGCCGUCGCCAGGAAACCAUCGCUCGCUUCUCUGUGCCGAUUGAACAAAGGGAUGGUCUCCCAACUUCGAUCCAAGGAGUGACGCAAACGUACGACGCACCGCGUUCUUCGCGCCGAGGCCGUGCCACCCAGGCAAUCAUAGACGAUACUAUGGACAACGACGGCGACCAGAACUUCGUUAUGGGAGAAGAUGAAGAUGACGAUGAUGACUUCAUUGACGACGACGACGACGACGUCCCAGCACGCGGCAAGUCGAGGAAGGGCAAGGGCAAGGCUAAAAGUAAAGGCAAAGGCAAGGCGAGGAAGGUUUCAGCGACCUCUGCGACUAUGGCUUCUAGCCUUGUCGAGUCGGACGGUGUCAAUCCUCGCGUCAUGCUCAUCUCACUGAAGGCUGGCGCGCUCGGGCUGAACCUGACGGUUGCGAACAAUGUCUACCUGUGGUGGCAGGAAGGUAUUGAGUCCCAAGCUAUUGACCGCUGCAACCGGCCUUUUCCGGCAUCAAGGGCAAAGAGACUCAACGCCAGAAGAAGGAAGCUCGCCUGCAAGACUAUUCGCCGAUCGCUUACAGCUUUCCUUGUCCGCCUAGAACUCGUCGAGUUGUUUGGCCUUCAGCGACAAGGCAACGCACAAGACGCUGCUGGGGCACAGUCUCAGACCACGCUCGAUGAAUGGCGUGCUUGA